UCUACGUGAUUCCGUACAAUGUGUACGGAAGUACCUGCGCUCCACCGCUCGGUUUCACUGAGCUGUGCUAAGCAGCGGCUCUGCGAUGUGUUCCCCCCUUUGACGUCAUUACAGAGCCGGGUUGGUAGAAGGUCCAAAAUGAGCACCCAGGACAUUUUGGAAAAUGCGUCCACUCUGGCGUCCUACAACGUGCUGCUGCAGGUGAUGUUCCGCGUUCUCACCUUCCUCCUGAACGCCUUCACGCUGCGGUUCGUCUCCAAAGAGCUGAUCGGGGUGGUGAACGUCAGGCUCACCCUGCUGUAUUCCACGUUAGUGUUUCUAUCCCGAGAGGCUUUCAGGAGAGCCUGUCUGAGUGGAGAAUCGGGGACGAACCGCAGCUGGAGACAAAUCAUCAACCUCCUAUGGCUGACAGUGCCUCUUGGAGUGCUGUGGGCCAUUCUUCUCGGCUGUGUGUGGCUGUGGCUCCUGGAGGUCCCAGAUGCCCGGACCGUCCCUCACUACGGUCCCGCCGUGCUGCUGUUUGCCCUGUCGGGAGUGCAGGAGCUGCUGGCCGAGCCCCUCUGGGUCUUGGCUCAAGCGCACAUGUUCGUCCGGCUGAAAGUGAUCGCCGAGAGCCUGGCCAUGAUGGCCAAGUGCAGCGUCACUGUGGUGUUGGUGGCGUUUGCCCCCGACUGGGGUCUUUACAUCUUCUCCGCCGCCCAUCUGGUGUACACAGGAUUUCUGGUGGUGUGCUACGUCGCUUACUUCAUUCGCUUCCUGGGCUCCCAAGAAGCGGCGAAGAAGACCUUCCCUCUGCGGCAUAUUCGAGAUCUUCUGCCUCGUAAAGCUGAUGGAGAGCCACUGGUAGAUUGGACCAUGGCCCGGCUGACGUGGAGCUUCUUCAAGCAGUCCUUCCUGAAGCAGAUCUUGACGGAGGGGGAGCGCUACGUCAUGACCUUCCUGAACGUCCUCAGCUUCGGGGACCAGGGCAUCUACGACAUUGUCAACAACCUGGGCUCCAUGGUGGCGCGCUUCAUCUUCCUGCCCAUCGAGGAGAGCUUCUACAUCUUCUUUGCCAAAGUGUUGGAGAGAGGACGCGACCCGGAGAGCCAGAAAAAGGAAGACGUGGCGAUCGCCGCAGAGGUCCUGGAGUGCCUGCUGAAACUGGUGCUGGUGAUCGGCCUGAUUAUCACGGUGUUUGGGUAUGCAUACUCUCACUUGGCUCUGGAUCUGUACGGCGGCGCGCUGUUAAGCAGCGGAUCAGGGCCUGGAUUGCUGCGCAGCUACAGCUGCUAUGUUCUCCUCCUGGCUGUGAACGGCGUAACGGAGUGCUUUGUAUUUGCUGCCAUGAGCCAACGGGAAGUCGACAAGUACAACCUGGUCAUGCUGGCUUUGUCCGUGUCCUUCCUCGUCCUUUCCUACGUGCUGACAUGGUGGGCCGGUGGCGUCGGCUUCAUCCUGGCCAACUGCCUGAACAUGGCCCUGCGUAUUGCUCACAGCCUGCUCUACAUCCGCCGCUACUUCCAGUGCAGUCAGUGGAAACCUCUGCGGGGCCUUUUGCCUUCCCCGCUCCUGCUGGUGGCGCUGGUUGUCAGCGCCGUCGUAACAGCGGUUUCUGAGGCCACGUUCUGCUGUGAUGGCGGCUGGCUGCUCAGGAUGGUCCACGUCGGCGUGGGAGGAGUCUGUCUGCUUUCCGUCCUGGCGGCUGUUCUUCUCACAGAGACUCAGCUGAUUGCGUUUGUGAGGACUCAGCUGUUCCCCCGUUACAGAAAGAAACACACUUAAGUACACCAAAGACUGCUGCGGCUGAGGAAUAAAUGUUUGCCAGCUACGAGCAGAUGAGAGAGUGAAUAACCGCUGCUGUCUGUCAAACAGGGGAAGAUGGAAGAAUAUAUUUUUUUAAUUGGACCUUGUAUGUUUUUACUUUAACAUUCCUGUGUUGAAUGGAUGGGAAAUAUUAUUUUCAAGUAUGGACCAAAAAGAUGAAUGUACUUGAACAAAUGCUGCUGUUUUCUGUUACCAACCUAUUUUGCACUGCACAGAUUAAACAAGGCAGUUGAAAGUGUAUAAAAUGUUAAGCAGUUAAAUGAACAAAACAAACAUUCGUCAGUCUGAGUGGUGAUUCAAUUCAGUUUGGUUUAUUUCUAUAGAGCCAGUUAACACAUAAACUGUAAUUUAAUAACUCUCUGUACACAGAAUCCAUUUAAAUUUCAAACCUACCCAGUUCAGUUCAGUCAUACAGUCAGACCCAGUAAAAUAAAGUCCAUUUUAAUUCUGGUUACAUUCAGGUAAUCAUUCAAAAAUAAUUGGUACAAAGUUAUCUGAGGAUUUCAGGCUGAUUGCAUACCGUCACUAACUGCAGUCGUCCCUCAACCUGACCAAGCAUGUGGCGACAGUAGAGAGGAACAAAGGUUCCAGAAGAACCAGGCUCAGGAUGAGUGACUGACUCAGUUAUUGGCAGCAAUAGCGCCGCCUGUGGCUUUGUCCAAGAAAGCAACAACCUUGAAAAUAGCGAUGAGCCAGAAAAACUGUCUAAGCAAACAGAAACACUUCACCAAGCCAAUGGCAAUUGGCAAUGACUUCUUUCAAUAGAGAUAUAAAAAUAAACAGGUGUAUUGGGCCAGCAGUACUUUCUAUAGCAAAAGCAAAGUUAAUCUGUCAAUGGCUUGAUACGAGAGAAGAGAUCAACAACGAAGCCUGUAGUACUUUCCAUCACAAAGAAACAUUGACUGAUUUAUUGUCAGUAACAGCUCUUUCAGCUUUAUUCAAGAGAUGCAAACAGUUUGCUCCAGGAGCACUUUCUAUGGGAAAUAAAAACAAGGAGAAGCUGAGAUCAGUGGGUUUUUUAAAGUAACAGAAACUACUAAACGUACAAUCACUGGACCAUAAGUAUCUUGCUUAUUAUUUCUGCAAAGCAAAAGUGUUUACUGACAGAAAUUUAAUCGAUACAAGAGAACUAAGGAUGCGAGUAUUAACCAACUGUAAUGCAAUGCCCACUGUAAACGCUGUUCUGUCUGUGGUGUCUAUUUAUAUGCAAGGUUUCUGCAGAUUUUCUCCAUCUGCCUUACGUUAAAACUGUGGUUCUCAAAUGUUUCCUGUUGUGGCCUCUUUUGAAGAAGGAAAACAUUUCAGCCCUUUAUGGUUUUCUAUUCCAUUAAAGCUGUUUAGAUUACCCACAA